AUGUGUGAACAGAGUGAAGUUAAUUAUUUGGAUGGAGAUAUAGUAUGGGUAAAGUUAGGAUCUUGCUGGUGGCCGGGGGAGGUGGUCGGUACAGAGAAACUGCCACCAGACCUCCUACCAUCGUUUCGAAAGCCACCUAUUGCUGUUGUCAAGUUUUUUCAAGAAGAUUCUUAUGAAUAUGUGAAAAAUCUUAAUUCAAUAUUCAAAUACAACUGUAGUAGAAAAAAUGAAUUCAUUAAUAAAGGACUAUAUAUGUAUAGAACUAAACAUGGUCUCAUGGAGAAGUUUCCCGAGGAUGUUAUCAGGGCGGAAACCGCUGUGGGUGGUGAUAUAGCGAUAUUAACGAGAGACGAGUUUCAAGAAACAAAGAAAGAAAGCUAUGCAGGGCUUUUCGGUGAUCCGACAAAGAAAAGUACCCCUCUCCACAAGAAAGGUAAAGGUGGAAGAGGGCGGCCGCCUGACACAGCUAAGCUAUCAACUCCAAUGAAAAAGUUCAAAGAAAAGACGAACUAUAAAGUACAUAUAUUAUUACAAGGAUCAAAAACUCCCAGCCAAAAUAAUGAGACAUUAUCAACACCAUCGACUAGCCGAGCUGGUUCGGAACCCACAGAGAUCUCACCAGAAAAAUCUAUUGAAAAGAAUGAAAAUCAAAGUGAAUCUGAUGAAACCGAUAAAACAACUCAAUCAGCCUCAUUUAGUACUCCAACAAUGACUAGUUCGGGACUGUAUGUAUGUCAUGCCUGUCAGUUUUCAACACAACGCCUCAAUGUACUGAUUCUACAUAACAAAACACAUAGUGUAUCAUUUACACCAUAUUCACCGUCACCAGUUAAGAAGAAAACGGUCAGCAAAAUUAAAUCAACGCCAGUUACAUCUAAAACACCCAAAGAACGCAAGCGUAGGACGGAGAAAUCUGAAAAGAAAGAAAGAAAGACGCAGAGCAAUAAGCGUUCAGCUGAAACAGAGACUGUAUCGGAAGUGAAGAAACCUAAAACUGAUGAAGAAAUUAAAAGCAGUCUCUUAGCGGACUGGGAUGAUGGUGAUGAAGAAUCUGCUGAUGAGGCUUCGACUAUAGUAACAGCCGGUUCACCUGAAGUGCCAAUGGCGGCAGAAUCGCCAGCAGUGCCAACCCCGGCAGAGCUGCCAACCAAUCAGGAUACAGCUGAUGAGAAAAAAGAUUCACCAACCCAAAAGCCGGAAUCAUCCAGCGAUUCCAAAUAUGAAUUCUGUGAGGACGAAGAUUGGCCGAUUGAAACGGAUAUCGGAAGGAAAAUACCUCGCGUCAAGAGCUCCUCGAAACGUAACGGUGAUAAGAAAAGUGUGAGCAUCGAUGAAGAAGAAAUGGCCAGGGAGGUUGCUGAGUUGCUUAACAAAACUACUCUCCCGGAGCUGCCGUCGGCACCGGAACCCUUGAAAGUCGAGGAAAAUUUUCCGGAGGGCUCGAUAGCGAAAUCUCCAGAUAAAAAGACCGAUAAAUCACAAGAUCAAAGUUCUCCUGAAAAAAAAGUUCAAAAUGAUAGCCAACCACCUAAAACAAUAUUCAAAACGAAAACAUUUUUUCGAAGUCGACACUCUAGGAGCCAGGAUGCAAUAGGAAAAUAUGUUGCGGAGCAAUUAAAUGCAGCGGAAAGAAUGGAUCUGUCCGAGAGUGAAUUAAACGGGUCUGAAGUGGCUUUGUCACCAGAAAUAAGGGAAUCGCCUCCACAGACAAAGGUUGCACGUUUGGCGCCAAAGAUACAAUUCAAGAAGAGUAAAGCGGAAGCUGCACAACAAAAGGAAAUAGAAAAACAUAAGACGGAAAAGAUUGACGAAGACUCAACGAAUACUACUAAAGAUGUAGAUAUUCAUGAAGAUACUACUCAUAUAGAAGACAAAGAUAAAGAUGAAAACAUAAUGAGUGAUGUAAGCAUAUCAAACGACGAAAAAUUAUAUAAAAAUAAACAAAAGCAUAACUUAAAAGACAGCACAAACGAUAUUUUAAAUGACGAAGAAAAUUUUGAGACCCCUAAUCAUUCUGAUUCGCAAUUAAAUAAUGUGGUUCCAGAGAAAGAGGAUAGUUCAAAAAUAUUAAGCUUUCCAGAAAAACCAUUUGAGCCGUAUAUGAAUGAGUCGACGGCAUCGGCGGUUGAUGCGUUACUGAGUGUGUCUAGAGAAGCUGAUCGUGUUACUAAAGUUAUAAGUGACGAUCCUCCCGAAGAUUUAUUUGAAGAUGACGUAAAAGACAGCGUACCCGUUAAUAUAAAUGGCUUCGGCGAUAGCGAACACAACAAUAUAACACAAAAUGAAGAUGACAUCGAAAAAACGAGUGAUUUGACUGAAAAAUUGGUGGAUAACGAAGUGUCUGAUGCACAAGUUCGUGAUGAACAAGAGGAGAAACUUCCACAAAAUAGUAUAAAUGAUAAUACGUCUCCGAAACCUCUUAAAGACGUGGAAGACGUAGCAGAAGUCAUGGAUACGAAUAAACUUGAUGUAAUUAAUUCUAAUUUGAUCUCAAUUGAACCCGAUAAUAAUUUUCCCGUUGAAAAUAUCCCGUCUGAAUCUGAUUUGCAAGUGGCAGAAGCUCUGAUUAAUUUACCCACGACUACAUUAAAUAAUAAACUGCCAGACGGCCACACAAACGAAACGAGUGUUAAAGAAGAUAAAGAAACUACAAAUAUCACUAAUGAUGUACCUAUACAAAGCAGUCAAAAUUUCUCCUUAGAAGAAGAACCAGAUAUAUCACCUAUCCAAACAAAAAUGAUAGUUAGUCCAAACAAAGAAAUGAAUUCGCGAUAUGAAACAGAACAAGAGAAAAGUGAAAAUUUAAACGCAGCGAAAUCUUUAGUACAAAUGUCAGAAUCCAUAGACCAUAAAAUAAAAAUGUCUGAAAUGAAAUCACCAAAAGAAAAAAAUAUUUCACAACGAAAAGACGACUUUGCUAAUGAAAGUUCAAUUGAAGCAACGCAAAAGCUAACUGUGUCUACGAAUGACUUCAGCAAUGAAUCUAAAACACAUUGCGGUUCACCAGAUUUACAUUUACAUUCACCGAAAUUGUUGAAAAUCCUGGAAGAACCGGGUUUACCUAAGAUAGCUGCUAGAAGAACUGUUACAAAACAAAUCAUUGUUCCACGAAAAGAGAAAAUUUUAAAUGUUGAAGCUGGAAAAUCGCCUUUAAAACCAAAAACGCAAUCACCCAAACAAAAAAUAAUUAUUCGCAGAACUACACCAAGUAAAAACUUGCUAAACAAUAUCGGUGAAAUAACGACACCCGAUAAAAUAAUUUUAUCCCGAACAAAUAAACCGUCACAAGAUGGGUCGUCUGUGCAAACCUAUACAAUUCAAACCUCUCCCGACAUAUCACCUACAAGCGAUCCUAAUACUAUCAUAAUUCAGCCAAAACUUCGUCAGGUUGUGAAACCAGUAUCUAAAUUACAAAAAAUUAAAUCUCAACCCCAAACAAUAAUUGCCCCUAGUAAAGAAACUAAAAUUACACAAAACACGAAAAGUAAGGAUGACUCUGUAUUUGAUAUUAAUUCUAUGCCAAUCGUGUUGACACCAGAGAGUAUUGAGAAAAUGCCUAUCGUUAUGUCCGAUGGAAAUAUCAUAACGAACUCUAAUAAUCCACCAAAACUAGUGAAGACCAAACAAACUAUAGCGGACAGCGGAAAGAUGUCGCCCGGGCCUAUUAAAGAAAUAAAACCCAUGAUAAUGAGCAACGAAGUAAGUAAAACUACUACACCAAAUAUUCUCUCAAAAUCACAAAAAUUACGAGGAUCAAAACCAAUGCUUGUGAUAGAUAAGACUACAGGCAAACAAAAAAUUAUAAUGACGAAGACGGAACCAUCGAAAGAAGUUAAACAGCAACCGACAUUGAUACAAUCAGCACCUCAGAGUUCACAGAAAGCGGAGAAGUUCAUAAUUUUACCAUCACAGAACUCCCCUCGCUCUGGGAGGACACAAAAAAUUGUUAUCGAUCCUCAAACUGGUAAGGCGCAUGUUCUUGUAGGAAAAACAGAAUCCCAAUUAAGUACAGCCGAAAGUACUAAACCGGUUUCAGCGAAAUUGAUACCAUCGCCAUCAGAUUCUAGCACCCCCGGUAAUACCGUUAUGAUAAUUACGAACGCCCAAGGAGGACAAUCAAGAAUAGUACUCACACCCGAACAUGAGAAAAUAUUGUUCCCAAACAAGCAACAGCCAGCUAUGUCUCAACUUAAACCUGUAACGCAUCGUAUUACAUCAGGAACGGGAGCUGUACAAAAAACUGUAGUUUCCACAGCUGCAGGGUCUACGAAAACUCAAACGCGAAUCGUCCCUAAACAAAAGAGUGCUAUAAUUACGUCCAAGGGUCAACUAAUAGUGGGUGGCCGAGUAGCGACCACUACUCAAAACAUUGCACCAUUACCUGAAAUUAGACCAGCACCAAAACGAAUUAUGGCCUCGGAGCCCAAGAGAUUAGUCCAAACAAUACAGAAAAAUUCUUCGGAACCAUUAAUAUUCUUACGCCAAAAUUCCAGCGCUGUGAUGCAACUUACUGUAGCUCAAUUCGAACAUCUCCAAAGAACCGGUCAAAUAAUACAGAAAGCCCCUACGCCUGUACAAGAGAAUAAAAUAGUUGUCCAAAAGUCGAUUACCAUUUCUCCAAAAGAACCAGUGUCCUCAAUACAAAAGCAAAGAGUCAGAAAACAGGCAAACGAGUCUCCCGCCCCUAUGAAAAAAAUUAAACAUGAAAUAGCGAUAGCACCAGCACCCGCACCUGUGACUAUGCCAGCCCUUACACCAAUCGCACCCCCACAAGUACCGAACGUUUCGAGCACUACUACCAAUAUGUCAACCUCUAACUACUCAGAUUUGGAAAACCUUGAAGAACUUUUGCCAUCAACGGCAAUAGUACGACAGUCUGAACCGACGCUAAUACAGCCUCAGUCUGAGCUCAAUCAGCCUCCGCCUGCCGGUCUCUCUGAUGGACAACUGCUGGCAGUGCCUGGAGAACACUUCGGAGGGCCGACUGGGUCAUUCUACCUAUGUGUCGAAGAUAAUGGCAACUUCACCGCGAUAGACAAUCGUCCGUUAAUACUUGAAAACAAUCAAUUAGUGCCGAUGCCCGAUCCUUUGCCGGUGCCGAUCGCUCAACCCGAACGUAGGGACAUUUUAGAGGCCGCGCUGGCUAAUAGUGAUGUUUUCCACGGUGAAACAACGCGCGACGAGGCUCCAGAUUUUAGAGAUUUAAAUGCGAACGUUUCGGUUCACUGCCGAGUGUCGGAAACUAGCACAACACUAAACCAGCCCAUCAUGACGCCGGUCGAAGUACCUUCGAAAGUGGACAGCGAACCUACAACGGUCCCGUCUAACUUAGAGGACGGAUUGGCCGUUAUAGGUGUCACACCACACACCGUGCCUACAUCACUCGAGCUGCCGAUAACUGUAACCGAUCCUAGGAUAGCGCCUAAAACAACGGAUCCGCUUAGCAACAAUAACUACGGAACAUCCUUACUACCUUCUCCAAACACGGAGUUGACGUUCACGUCCACCACAGAAGAUACUGAUAUAUCAAUGGUCGGCCCGAUAUCGAUGCCGAUUUUGACCGAUGAUGAUAACGUCGGGAAGUCCAUGCCGAUUCUGACGGAUGAAGUAACGGAACGAACGGUAUCGUCAGUGGAUUCUACAAUCGGAUCUCCUUCAUCCUUAGAUGUGAGGGAAUCGGAGAACGAAGACAGCAGUCAGUGGCCGCGGAGACUCCUCACUCCGUGCUCAGACACGUCAGAAACCUCAUCAGAAAUACCUUUACAACCCGUCAUGCAACUAUCAGUGAAUGAUCUGUCACACGACAGUUAA